AUGUUUGACCAAUUUGAGUUCUUUGAGAAGGGUAAACAGAGAGCAACCAACGUAACCUUCCAGGCGCACCAUGUCAGCAGAAACAAGCGUGGGCAGGUUGUGGGAACCAGAGGUGGUUUCCGUGGCUGCACUGUCUGGCUUACAGGCCUGUCUGGAGCUGGUAAGACUACGGUUAGUAUGGCAUUGGAGGAAUACUUGGUUUGCCAUGGCAUACCCUGCUACACAUUGGACGGAGACAACAUUCGGCAUGGUCUCAACAAAAACUUGGGUUUUAGCCCAGGGGACCGCGAGGAGAACAUUCGACGUAUUGCAGAAGUAGCCAAGCUGUUUGCAGAUGCUGGACUUGUGUGUCUUGCCAGUUUUAUUUCUCCCUACACAAAGGAUCGACAGAAUGGCAGGAGUAUUCAUGAAGAUGCUGGCCUGCCGUUUUUUGAAAUAUUUGUUGAUGCCCCUCUGCAUGUUUGCGAGAAAAGAGAUGUGAAGGGACUGUACAAAAAGGCUAGAGCUGGUGAGAUAAAAGGAUUCACUGGUAUUGACUCUGAGUAUGAGAAGCCAGAAGCUCCUGAACUAGUAUUGAAGACUGAUGUCUGUUCUGUGAAUGAAUGUGUCCAGCAAGUGAUUGAACUGCUUCAAGAAAGGGAUAUUGUCCCUGUUGAUGCUUACGCUGAAAUAAAGGAGCUCCUUGUCCCCGAAAACAAGCUUGAUCUUGCCAGGGCUGAUGCAGACACUUUGCCAGUCUUAGAAAUUAAUAAGGUGGAUUUGCAGUGGGUGCAGGUAUUGGCUGAGGGUUGGGCCACUCCACUGAAUGGCUUCAUGAGAGAACGGGAAUUCUUGCAGUGCCUUCACUUUGGCUGCUUGUUGGAUGGGGGUCUCAUUAACUUGUCAGUGCCAAUUGUCCUGACAGCAACAAAUGAAGACAAAGAGCGACUGGAUGGCUGCACUGCCUUUGCUCUGUUAUAUAAUGGACAGCGGGUGGCUAUCCUUCGCAAUCCGGAAUUCUACGAGCACAGGAAAGAGGAGCGUUGUGCACGUCAGUGGGGAACAACUUGCAAAGAACAUCCUUACAUUAAGAUGGUAAUGCAGAGUGGCAGCUGGCUGGUAGGUGGAGACCUGCAAGUUCUUGAUCAUAUCCGUUGGAAUGAUGGCCUUGAUCAUUAUCGCCUUACCCCAAGGGAGUUAAAGCAGAAAUUUAAGGCAAUGAAUGCUGAUGCUGUCUUCGCAUUUCAGCUACGCAAUCCAGUGCACAAUGGACAUGCUCUGUUGAUGCAGGAUACCUUUCAACAGCUGAUCGAACGUGGUUAUAGGCGUCCAGUUCUUCUUCUUCAUCCACUAGGUGGUUGGACGAAAGAUGAUGAUGUACCCUUAUUAUGGAGAAUGAAGCAGCAUGCUGCUGUAUUGGAAGAGAGGAUACUUAAACAAGAGUCCACUGUCGUGGCCAUCUUCCCAUCUCCCAUGAUGUAUGCUGGACCAACCGAGGUUCAAUGGCACUGUAGAUCCCGUAUGAUUGCCGGGGCUAACUUCUACAUAGUGGGCCGAGACCCUGCGGGUAUGCCUCAUCCAGAGACUAAGAAGGAUCUGUACGAGCCGACACAUGGGGCAAAAGUUCUGACCAUGGCUCCAGGCCUACUGUCUCUGGAAAUCAUCCCAUUUCGUGUGGCUGCCUAUAACAAGGUGAAAAAAUGCAUGGACUAUUAUGACCCUGAACACCACGAAGAUUUCGACUUCAUCUCUGGAACACGCAUGCGUAAGUUGGCGCAGGAAGGAGUGAAUCCACCAGAAGGCUUCAUGGCAGCGAAAGCGUGGGCAGUCCUGACUGAAUAUUACAAAUCUUUGGAGAAAGCCUAGAUGGGAGGAGUGAUGAGACUCAACAGUUCUUUAAUUGAUAGCAGGGGACCACACACACAGCAAGUGUUCCAACAAUACUGGCACUAGUUAGGAACCAGUGUUCAUUCUUAAACUGUAUCACUGUCUACGCAAGUCUUAUGAGCUUUAUUUUAUAACGAAAGGGCUGAGUUUUCAAUUGGAACAAUUUUUAAGGAUGACAUUGUUUACUAAGAUUACUUAGCUUUUGUUUAACUGUUAAAUUUUAAUUGUUUCUGUAUUUGGUAGCUGGGUGUACAAUAUAAGUAGGCUUGGCUAACCUUGAACUACGCAUUCCUUCUGUCCUGAACCUUGUGUUUGGGGAUUUGUUUUAUCUUUUGUUAUUGUAGUUA